CCUCGAGCGCCCGCUCCUGCUCCAUGGCGGCGGCGGCGGCGGCUCCUCUCCCCCGGGUCUCGGGCCGCUCCUGCUCCUUCCCCCGCAGGGCCUCAUGCCCCCCGCUAGAGAGCGCCCGCCAGAGCAGCCCCAGCGACAGCAUCCCGCCCCGAGCCAGGACCGACUGCCCCCAUCGACCGGCCCGCUCACGGCCCCUCAGUGGCCCUCGUCGCCACUUCCGGCGAAGAGAGGAAGGGGCGGGGCUGGCGCGAUCCGGAGGAGGAAAACCCCCAUUCUCAGCGGGCCCGCGGAAGGACUACGUUUCCCGCCGCCCAACGCGCUCCCCCAGCGUCCUGCGUCACUCGACGGCCCAUUUCAACGCGCCACAGCGCGAAGCACCCUGGGAGGUGUAGUCCCCUGGGAAGGCCUGCCUCCCCUUCUCGCUCCCUUGCGGGGGCGGGGCUCUGGCCCAAGAUGGCGGCGGCGGCUGAUAUCUGAGGCGAGUGACCGGCCGGCCGGCGGCGGUUCUUUCAGGGGGAGGAUGGCGGGGCCUCUGCGCGUCCUCCUGCAUCCCCUGCGCAGCGCCCACCCAGGGACUGCCCGGGCCAAGCUCAGCGGCGGCCAAGAGGCGCUGGGGACAGUGGUGGCGGCCGGGUCGGAGCUGCGCCUGACGGGACUCGUCUCAGCCCGGCCCGACAAGGUCGCCUCCUCCACGGCCACCCUGCCCGGCUCCUGGGAAGACUUCACAUGGGAGUAUGUGGAAGAAGAUGAGGCUUUUGCAGUGUACAGUCUCAGACUACUUGCUGUCAGUAAGACCUAUGAACUAGUCCUAUAUGAAGUUAUUCUCAAGGCUGGAAAAUGUGAUGUGAUGCCCUUGCAAACCUGUAGUGAAGAUAGACUGAAGCAGCUUAUUGAACCUAAAAAUAUUAGUUUAUCUUCCGUCUCCUCUUUGAGGGUGCUGUCAUUUAAAAACGGCAGAGCUUUGUUGUUGCUCAACAACUUUCUUGUUGCACAACUUGCUUUUCCUGGAGGAGGAAGAGAACUGGAGGUAGAAGAGUUGGAAGAAUGCUUUCUUCUUGAUCUGUCAUCAGAAGCUUUGGAAAGGAUAGUAGAUGUUGCCUUUUGCAGAGGAGUCCUUUUCUUGUUAGAUGAGUCUGGAUGGAUAUAUAUCUUUGAUGCUACAGAUGGUGCAUACCUGGCCCAUGUUGAUGUUUUCCUCUAUCAAACAGAGGGGCAAGAUGAGAAGCACCCAGACAUCCUAUCUCCUCUAAUGCUGUUAAAUAUAUCACAUGAUCUCAGUAUUGCUGUGGUUGCCAACAGCUCCAAUUCUGUUGCAGCUAUUGACCUCCAUUUAUACUUCAAAGAAUAUCCUGAGCACUUAAUUUGCAAGAGAAACUUUGACAACCUUCCUGUAGAACAAUUACAUGGGACAGAUGAGGAUGACGUCAGAAGUUCAGAUCACAGUAUGAACCAUAUGGAGCAUGCAUUCCGGAUUGACAGAUCCUGGAAAGCACAUUUGUCUUCAUUGUAUGACACAGCAAAAAGAUCUUAUUCUUCAAAUUUGGCAGCUGACAUUUACUUGCCUUGGUAUCAGUAUAUUUUGCAUCUAGAGCACCAUGAGCGUAAGACUCAUGAAGCUUCUGAGAUCUUCGUUCUUCAAGAUGCUGCUUAUGUCCUUUCAAACUCAAGAGGAAAAAGCACAAGCAAAAGAGACAGACAAUGGAAGAGCAUACGUUUAGGAGGGCUAGAAGACAGUGGGAAACUCGAGUGUAAAUCUGUGACAGGUUUUAGUGCAUUAUUCACUCUCUCAAGUGAGAGUGAAGGACUGAUUCUUGUUCUGUGGGAUUUUGAGACCCAAGACAUGAUGCGUUCUUAUGAGGGCACAACCUCCUUUUUUGUGGAAUGUAGCAGAGAGGAACAGUUAUGUCUCAUCCUUUCAGAACCCGGCCUCUCCUUGGUUCUGUUUGGCUUGACUCAAGAGGAAUUCUUGAACAGACUGAUAAUCCAUGGAAGCGCUGGCACUGUAGAUUCACUUUGCCAGCUCAAUGGAUGGGGAAGAUGCUCUAUUCCCAUACAUGCCUUGGAGGCUGGUUUAGAGAACCGUCAGUUGGACACGGUGGAUUUUUUUUUAAAGACCAAAGAGAACCUGUUCAGUCUCUCGUCAGCUUGCUCCUUAUGCGAUCAGUCUCCAAGCAUCAUGUCAGAUUUUUAUGUGAAGAGUGUGGAAGAGCUGAGGCCAGCCUUGGACUUGCUUUACAUGGCCAUCCGAGAAAAUGAUUUGGAACCGCAGAGCAAGCAUUUCUCUGAGCAGCUGUUGAACCUCACCCUCUCUUUCCUUAACAAGCAACUCCGUGAGAUUUUUAUCCAUAGAGAAGAACUGGAUGGAAAUCUGGACAGAUGUGUUGAUAUUUUAACUGGCUACAUCACUAAACUUAGGAUGUUUAUGAUAAAGUUCCCCCACAAGCCAUCCAGUGUCGCCAGCUUGCAGUGUGACCUUGAAGAAGACAUGCCCUGCAUAGAAGAAAGCCAGAAGUGGGAAAAGUUCAAUACAGAGCAAACAAUUGCCGAAGCCGUUUUAAACAACAAGCUGCCGGAGGCUCAGACCUUCUUCCGCAUGAUGGGUAACCCUGCCCAGAAUCUCAAGGAACUGACCCGAAUAGGACUGGAUCUGGUUUACAAAAGCCUUCUGAAGGAUGAUGUCAAAGAAGCCUCCAAACUCUUAAGAAACAUGGGCUUCAGCGUGAUGGAGCAACUGCACAAAAUAUGUUUCCACGUAACUGAUCAGCAUGUUCGUGACUUUUUGGUGAACGUACUGCAAGAGAAAAACUACUUUUCUGAAGCUGAAAAGGAAGUGAUAGACUUUGUGCGUCAGGUGGAAAAUGUUUAUUCAAGAACUUUCCAGGAGAAUGAAGAGACUACAGACCAGACCAGUUACUGGAGAAAAGAACAAGAUCUUUCUACCCACACUGCUGCUCUGGAUAUAUUCCUGAAUUGCAGCGAAGACAGAGUUCAUAAUGUGGAGCACAGAGUUAUGUUAAACUGGGCUCAGUGGUGGGAUAAGGUUACGCGAGAGAUGGUACUUCUUCCUACACAAUCUCCUGAAGAAUUCAAGUCAUGUAAUCCAGAGGUUCUUUGGAUGUACCUGUCAUCUUGGCACGACCGGGCAAAUAUUAGUUCAUGGAUUGCAGCAUCUCAGCCACAGGACAGCAACACAAAUUGGCCACAGCUAACUACAGAUGUCAUUGACCGAAGUACCUUGUGCAGCUGUUACAUGCGAAAUGAAAUAUUGGACGAUCUGGCUAGCAAUGGGACUUUUGUACCUGUGGAACUAGAAGACUUUGAAUCUCUUCUCCAAAGACUGGCUCUCAUUGGAGGAGUAAUGCAGAAUCCGCACCCUGUCCCAGAAUAUAUGUCUGCCAGUGGCUUACAUUUCCAUGACUGCUUUAUCCUUUACUGUUUAGAACAUGGGCUGGAUCAUCUUCUCUACACUUACCUGGACUAUUAUAGUUUAUUUUCUUCAAAUUGCCCCAUUUUGGAUGAUAAAACACUACAUGAAGCUCACCCUUGGUUUGAAUUUUUAGUGCAGUGCCGAGGCAUUGCCAGCAACCCUGGAGAUGUAAAGAUGGUUUUUCAGGCUAGUCUGGCAAAUGCCCAGAUCUUGAUUCCCAGCAACCAGGCCAGUGUAAGCACGAUGCUGUUGGAAGGCCGGACACUCCUUGCUCUUGCUACCACAAUGUACAGCCCUGGAGGUAUUGACCAGGUCUUUCAGAAUGGAGACGGAGGAGAGACAGUAGAUGCCCAGCUGUUCAGGAUGGCCCUUGCUCCGUACCCCAAACUCAGAGCAGCCCUUUUCCCCCAGUACACCUGUCAUGGGAUCUUGCCUUCCGACAUCUCUCUCUACCAUCUUGUUCAGUCAUUAGUUCCAUUUGACCCCACUAAAUUGUUUGGCUGGCAGUCAGCAAAUACACUUGCUGUGACUGAUGUUUGCACGGACCUUCCUCACUUCUCCAGCUCCUCUCUUGUCCAUAGAUAUGCUGUAGUAGAACGCCUGGAUUUCUCUUACUACUUGCGCCACGAGCGCCCCUCGUUUGCUUUUGGGACUUUUUUAGUCCAGCAGCUCACAAAGAGCAAAACCCCAAAGCAGCUGAUUCAGCAAGCAGGCGAUGACGCCUAUGCUUUGGCCCUCUCCUCCUUUUAUGUGCCUUCUGUUGCUGCAGCCUGUGUCUCCUUCUUGGAAUUGCUCGGCCUGGACAGCCUCAAACUCCGGGUGGAUGUUAAAGCUGCAAAUGUGAUUUUGAGCUUCAUGUCUAGAAGAGAGGAACCUCAACAUAACUCUAUCAGGCAGUCCUUGGUUGAAAAGUUAACACAGCUGGCAGAGGGAGAAACAACCGCAGCAGAAGAACUCCUUGUCUGCUUGGAGGAAGCCGUGUGGGAUAAGAUUGAGCACCAGGAGAUAAAAAAGACAUCUAGCGAGGCAAGAAAGCAGUGGUCUCUGGUGGUCCAGUUUUGCAGGCUCCACAACAUCAGGCUGAGCAUAUCGUACCUGAAAGUGUGUGCUAGAUCCAACGAAUGGCUGCAGUUCAUCAUUGAAGCCCAAAUGUACAGCUACCAACCCUCUGAGGUUCUCCCUGUUCUCCAGGAGUUCCCAUCUCCUCUUCAGGACCACUUGAGGCUGGCCUUUGAGAGUUUACAGACCUCGGGCACUCCGUCGGAAGGUCAGGGUGACAUCUCCCGCCGGCUGAGGCAUGAGCAAAAGCCAAGCAGCAGCAGGCACCCGAAUGACCUUUUCCGCACUCUCCUUCUGUGUCAGGAGCAACCGCAUCCCUGGCAUUACCUUCUGGGUGAAACAGUGAAGCACCAUGCUCCCAUCCUGAGCAUCCUUGCUGCAUGCUUCCAGGAUGCCAGCUUUAUCCAUUGUCUCUGUGUGUGGAUAAUAACUUCCUUGGAUAGUUCCACCACUGCUGAAGUGACAAAUCACAUAGAAGGCUCAGUUGAAACCCACGAGUGGGAUCUUCCAGACUUGGCCACCCUCUGGCAGUUGCUUCUCAGGAGGCAGAAGAUCAGAACCCUUCUUCGUGGCUUUCGGCUCUUUCUGAAGGAUUCCCCUUUGUUGACGAUUCUGGAGGUGUACGAGUUGUGCAUGGACUACAAAAGUUACAGCAAAGCCCAGAGCAAACUCCUUGUGUUCCAAGCCUCUCUUUCGAAACUCCAAGCCUCACAUGAAGCACCGCCUCCCAUCUUGCCUGUGUCCUGGCUGGAGUCACAGGCCUCAUUUCUUCUUGAACUGAUGCUACAGCAGUGUCGGACACAGUAUGAGCUGGGAAAACUCCUCCAGCUUUUUGCAGAUACAGAGACUGUUCUGCCUCACGGGCCAGACAUGAAGAAGCUGAGUACCCUCAGCUUCAUUCUGAAGGACUCUCCUGUCUCGGUCGAUCGUGCCAUACUCAGCCGUUACACCCCAGAGAAUUUUCAGGACGAGUGCAGAAGAAUUCUGGAGGAGUUACAGGAGAGAAGCUCUUUUUCCACCGCACGGGAUGUAGCUGAGCUGGCUGAGCUGCCUGUGGACAAUGUCGUUAUCCAAGAGGUGCUCCAAAAUCUUCACCUCUUGAAACAGAUUGGCCAUUGGCAUCAGAAGCGGACAAGGAUCGAGUUUUGGAAAAAGUGCCAUGAGAGCUAUGUGAGAAAUGCCCUCUCAACCCAAGCCGCCUCCAGUUUCUUCUUAGCUCAGGCAGACUUUGUGUCAGAGUCCUUGGAUGAUGAGAGAACAUCUGGCGUUUUGGAGAGGCAACUUCUGCUUACCCUGGGUGGCCACUGGCUAUCAAAAAGUGACCCGGUUCCACUUGAUGAGCUUGAAAGGAUAGAGAAAGAGAUCUGGCUUUGCCGCAUUGCUCAGCAGACUUUAAACCAGGGCACUGGGCAGGCCAAGCACAGAUUCUCUCACCAGAUUUCUAUAAGUGGUGAACUAUCCUUCGACUCUUUGGCCACGGAGUUCUCCUUUUCGACGCUGGCUGCUUUGAACAUGCCCAAAUACUUGCAGCUUGAGGGUUUGCCUUCCCACAGUGCAUUGCAGGCCACGCUUCCUGCGGCUGAAUUGGAGGCACUGAAUUUUCUGAUUGGGCGCCUGCUAGAUGAAGGGAGCGUGCAUGAGGCCAGCCGGGUGUGCCAGUAUUUUAACUUCUAUAGUAGAGAUGUAUUGCUAGUCUUGCAUUGCAGAGCACUGGCCUCUGGAGAAGCCGCUCACAGCUGUUUCCACCCAGAGAUUCAAGCUGUCCUUGCAGCAAGAGAAAAAGAGGGAAAGAAGGGGGAGAACGGAGGGGAGGACUCUCAGAAGAAACGACUGCAGAGCACCUCCAGCCUUGAGUCUUGGUCCUUUGAGGGGGGGGCUGGUCCAGACAGUGAGGUCGUGGGCAGCCUGCAGGCUCUGAUAGCAGAGUGUGUCCAUGGACGGAACUACUGCCGACAGGUCCUCUGCCUGUUUGAACUGUCCAAGGAGCUCGGCUGUUCCUUCAGUGAGAUCUCUGCCCACGAUUCUGAGAAGUUGCUUCGAGUGAUCCUGUCAUCUCAGCGACCAGACAGGUGCAAAAAAGCCCAGGCAUUCAUCACCACUCAGGGGCUGGAGCCGGAGAUUGUGGCGGCGCUCGUGGCUGAGGAAGUCACACGAGAGCUGCUGGCACCUUCUCAAGGGCACAAAGGCGGGCAAAAGCAAACUCUGAAUCCAGCAGAGGAGAGCCAAGUGUUCCUGCAGCUGGCCAAACUGUGCCCGGACCACACUUUGGUUGGCAUGAAGCUCCUGGAUAAAAUUUCAUCUGUGCCACGCGGGGAACUUGUCUGCACUACAGAGCUGCUGAUUGUAGCCCACAACUGCUUCAGCUUGACGUGCCACAUGGAAGGGAUCAUUCGUGUCCUUCAAGCUGCCCGGCUGUUCACGGAUGAACAUUUGGCACCCAGCGAAGAGUAUGGUCUCAUGGUUCGACUUCUCAUUGGUAUUGGCAGAUAUAAUGAGAUGACAUACAUCUUUGACCUGCUACAUGAGAAGCAUUACUUUGAGGUGCUAAUGAGGAAGAAGCUGGAUCCGAACGGGACUCUCAAGACGGCUCUGCUGGAUUACAUCAAGCGCUGCCGGCCAGGAGACAGUGAGAAACAUAACAUGAUUGCGCUGUGCUUCAGCAUGUGCCGAGAGAUUGGGGAGAACCACGAGGCAGCAGCCAACAUCCAGCUGAAGCUCAUUGAAUCUCAGCCUUGGGGCAACAUCCCUGCCUGUCCUGCCAUGCAGUCAAAGCCUCUCUCUUUCCCAGCGGAAUGCCUUCAGGACGUGCCAACCCUGAAGAAGCUCCUGAUGAAAGCCCUGACCCUCUACAUCGAUGCUGCAGAAAGCUAUUCCAAGGACUUCUGUGUGCGCCAGUCUUUGCGCUGCAACCGGCUGACAAAGCUCAUCACCCUGCAGCUCCACUUCCUGAACAGCAGGCACAGCACCAAGCUGAUCAGUCUGAGCAGGAAGAGCCUGCUGGAGUGCAUCCUGUCCUUACCCAGGUUCUACCAGGCUGCAAUUGUGGCUGAGGCCUAUGACUUUGUCCCAGACUGGGCAGAGGUUCUGUAUCAGCACGUGAUAGUGAAAGGUGACUUCAGCUACCUGGAGGAGUACAAGCAGCGUGGCCUGCUCAAGACCAGCACCUUUGAGGAAAUUGCCCGGAAGUUCAAGAAGCACACAGGCAACGAGCCUGCUCUGAAAAACCUGAAGAAGCUGUUGACCUACUGUGAUGAUAUCUAUGUGUAUUACAAGCUGGCUUAUGACAACCACUUCUACGACGUAGUGAACAUGCUUCUAAAAGAUGCUCAGACAGGUUGUUGUCUGAAUGACUUGCUGGCAAAUUAGAAUGUGCUUGGGAGAAGAAUCAGAGCCACAACUGAUGUUGUGGGAUCUCAUCAGAACAGAAGGCAGCUUGUGUGUAAGUCGUUAAGAUUUGUUUCAGUAUCUGAAAUGUGCAAGACAAGGCAUUACAGCAUUGUUUCAGAUUCACCAACUGUGUGAAACUGAAGAGGAAUAUUAACCUCAGGGUUAGUUUCCCAUUAAUACUGACUAUUGUAGUCAAAACUGACCAAAAACAUCAUCAUUUGGCAAGAGCUUCUCACUCUAGGGAUCCUUCUGCUAAAGCCAGAGGUUGCCUCCAGGUCUACCGCAUGUUGGAAAACGACAUCAGUUCUUGCAGCUCUGCAACUGAGCUUCUGGGUUACGAAACGAUGGGGCAUGCUUUCUUUUCAGUAACCUUCCCCCCCCCCCAUGCAUAUUGCUGGAGGAUAAGAGUAUUGGAAGACUAUUUGCUGUAUAAAAAUAACAUGUACAGAUCUGAUCUCGCAUGUGUUAAAGGAUAAACUUCGCUGUACCUGUUUUCCCUGGCUAUAAUUUAACAUUCUCAAAAUAUUUCAGGUACAAAUAAGCCAAGUGUCAUAGAAACCAGCAGGCGCUAUCCAGGAGUCCAACUCCAGUUCAUGAGCAACUCUCAUUUCUAUGCAGCUGUUCCUAAAAAACUGCUUCCUCAGGUCUGCCUAAAUGCUGGGUAGUGUGUUUUCUUUUAGAACAGAACGUAACCAACAACAGUGGCACUCCGAUAGUGGACUUGGUGCAAUAGUCACUUCGACUGCAGGGAAAUUGUCUUCCAAAAUUUUUGUUACUAACUUUUGCUUCAUGUCUGUGUUUGUAUACCAGCAAGUCACCAGUAUAGCUAUGAGAUGCAGCACUCUUUACUUGUAUGAAAUCCACAGAGUUACAAAGCUGCUGAUUGGCUGGGGUAUACAGAGAGAGGAAAAGCAAAAGGAGCCCGUUUGGGGAAAGGUUCCCCACCUGGCUACAAUUAGAAUCUCUUUGUAGCAAGCAGUUGUGUGCAGCUGAGUGCCUAGAACAGGAAGGAAAGUUCAACUUGCCAUGUACAGUAGGGCCCCGCUUUACGGCAGCUUUCGUUUUCCUUUUUAAAGGGUUUCCCCCCCCUUUUGUGAUGUUUUGCGCUGUUUUCACACGACGCGGCCCAUUCAAGUCAAUGGGGUUCUGCUUUACAGCGUUUUCCGCUUUACGGCGGGGAUCCGGAACGGAACCCGCCGUAUAAGCAGGGCCCUACUGUAUUUUUAUUUUGACAUGUCAGGAGCAGGAUAGCCACAAGCAGUUAUCAGUCUGAGUUAGAAACACUGUCCUUAAGAGUGCUAUCAAAGGAUGUUGCAGUAGAGAUGUCUUAGUCAAUCUUGUAAUGAUUCCUAAAGGUACCAGCUACAAGAGGCCCUUUAUAUCUAGUCUUGCUCCUAGGAAGCCACAGCUGAUAUUGUAGAGCAUCUCACCAAGGUAAACCUGUAAGCCUCUUUCUGUCAUGUGAAGGAGAGAGUUUUGACAUCUGUGGUUGAAAACAGUUUUGACUACCUGUAUCACCCUGGCAUGCAUGCAUGCAUUCCUUAGACACCCAGUUAGUGAGGCCUGAAGUGUGGAAAGCUGCACUUCAUCCUGCCUUAAACACCAGAUGUUACCCUCUGAGAAAUUAGUGUAUUUAACCUUUUACCCAAAGAUUGAUUGAGGAGGGGGCAGUGAAGGCGAGCUUUUUGCCUUCCUGUCUGCUGAGUGCACAUGCUUAAGACUAAGACUGGCCUGAAUAGACAGGCCUACAACAGGCUUGUGCACAGCCACUUACCCACUCCCUAGUGCCAAUUAAGAGUCUUCCAAGUAACCAGGUAGAAAUGUUUAGCCAAAAGAUGUGGACUAUUUUAACCAGGCAAGUAAGGAGAAUCCUGUGGGCUUCUGGACAUCUUUGCAAAGCUGCCCUAGUGCAAGCUGUCUUGGUUUAGCUGAUCCGCUAGGUAAGUUGGAGGAAGCUGGCAGAGGAUGGCCUUGAAAAGGUUGUAUGGGAAACUGCUAAGGGCCUUAAAAGCUAAAGUAGCUCCUGCAGGCAUCAGCAGUGGUCAGGGCCAGCCAGCAAGUUGCUAGAGGAGAGCCAGAUCACUCUUACCAGAGGUCUGAACUAAUCAUUUGAAAUGGGCUGCUCCUCCCCCCCCCGUUUUGGUUUUUCUCUUACCUGCAUGAAAUUAGGCUGAAUGCUAAGGGUUCCCCAGCCUUGCCUGGAGAAUUUUCCUGAUCCUGCCCCAAGAAUUUAAGAAGCCUGCUGGAUGAGGGCCAAGGAGACAGGAUACUUCAUCCUGUAACUGGGUGGGACCUUUUCUCUGCCCCAGCAUGCACCUUAUCUACAGCAAGCCUGCCUGGCUGUUCUCCAAAGAGCCAUCUCCAGAUGGAACUCACCAUAAGUGAAGGGGGGGGGUGAUAAAUAGAAUAUACACAUUGCUGUAGGAGAGCACAGCUGCUGCAACAACCCUGCAUACCUCCCUGUUCAACGCACCAUCCACCUGGAUACCCUCAAAGGGUAGCUCUCGUGGGACUGGGGAGUUGCUGGAGAACUUCUCUUGCAUCGGCCACAAAGACUGUGGACUGUGUUUCAUAAAAACUGUUAAGUCUUAAGGUGGCACAAAAUCUUGCAAUCUCUGGUGAAUACCCUGCUGUGUUUUAACCCCACUGCAGCAGUAAGUCUAGUCCAUGGUGGAAGUACAACCAGACCAAGGCUCUCAGUCCUCACAAUAGUGAUUUUAUUAAAUUAGUUGCUCUUAUAAAACAUUGCAGAUGUCAUAAUUGUUAACAUAACAAUUUACCCAACUGUCAUAACUGUUGCAGUUUGCUAAGCAGGAUUCCUGUAAAUGAAAAAAAAACAGCAAGGUCUUGUGAGAGCUCGACUACAGCCACCAAAUCCUGGCGAUAAAGAAUUCUCCCAAAGAGUCAGAAAAAAGUGUAUAAACUAAACUGCUUAGACUUGAGCCACAAGUUUCCCCCCCAAUGCAACAGAACCAGCGUGUGUUCUGAC